GUCGAAAUGGUGUUUAUUGAAAGUUCCUGCAAAUUUCUUUAUCUUUUCUUUUUCUUUAUCAAUAUCUCUCCUCCAUCUCCAUCUAAAUCUCCAUUGUCCUUUGGAAUCAAGAUCAAGACAUCGUGUUGAGCUGUUAUCAUAUUCCCUUCUCUCUCUAUACCUAUUUGUACUGGAAUCACAGAUUGUGAGAGCUUCUGCAAGCUGUAUAUCAAUGGGAGAGCUUCUUCUUUCUACUUGUUCUUGUUCUUCAGCCUAAUCAAAUCUCUACCAUUGUCACUGUAGAUUGAAAGAAAAAUAGAUCUUUCACUUUUGCAGAGCUCUUUCUCUCUCUACUUCUUGAUUUCUAGCUCCUGUGGGUGGGGGGUCAGGGACUAAAAUCUCAAACAAAUUGUAAGUGUGUCCCCCAAAUCAGAUUCUGAACAAUGUCACCGUCUUUUGAAUGGUGGGGUAAAGAUACCCAUAAAGGUACGCCGGUGGUAGUGAAGAUGGACAACCCAAAUAACUGGUCAAUGGUCGAAUUAGAAGCUCCAUCGGAAGAAGAUUUCUUUAACAACUCCGGCGAAGGUUCUCCGGAAAACAACCGUCGAGAGAAGACUAAAAACAAGAACGCUAAACAGCUAACCUGGGUUUUACUCCUCAAGGCCCACCGCGCAGCCGGAUGUCUCACCUCGUUAGCUUCAGCAAUGUUUGGCGUCGCCGCCGCCGUACGUCGCCGUGUUUCCGCCGGUCGGACAGACGAAGACGCGGAUUUAGACGGAGAAACAGCCUCCGGAGCUCGAGCGACGGAGAAUUUAGCCGUGAAAUCGAGAUUCUAUUCCUGCAUUAAGGUUUCCUUGUUCAUUUCGUUGAUCUUACUCGGAUUUGAAAUUGCUGCUUAUUACAAAGGUUGGCAUUUAGGGACGGAUAAUCUACAAUUACAGUAUCUAUCUGCGUUAGCAACAACGCCGCUUAACGUUAAGGGCGUUUUUGUUUCGAUCUAUUCUACGUGGGUAAUGAUACGGGUUGAAUAUCUUGCUCCAUUUCUUCAGUUCCUUACAAACGUAUGCAUCGUUCUGUUCCUUAUACAGAGCAUUGAUAGAUUGGUACUCUGUUUGGGUUGUUUAUGGAUUCGCAUCAAUAAAAUCAAACCCAUUGCUAAACAAACCCUAGCCGAUCUUGAAUCCAACGAACCCAGUUUCUUGCCCAUGGUUCUCGUUCAGAUCCCAAUGUGCAAUGAGAAAGAGGUUUACCAGCAAUCAAUCGGCGCUGUAUGCAACCUAGACUGGCCGAAAUCGAAACUGCUAAUUCAAAUCCUCGAUGAUUCCGAUGACCCAACAGCCCAAUUGCUGAUCAAUGAAGAAGUUCGGAAAUGGCAGCAAGAAGGAAUCAACAUUGUUUACAGACACAGAGUUCUAAGAGAAGGUUACAAAGCAGGAAAUCUCAAAUCCGCCAUGAGUUGCGACUACGUCAAGGACUAUGAAUUCGUGGCCAUUUUCGACGCAGAUUUCCAACCCUCGCCGGAUUUUCUUAAACGAACUAUUCCUCAUUUUAAGGAUAAGGAGGAGUUGGGAUUGGUUCAAGCUCGAUGGUCAUUUGUGAACAAAGAUGAGAAUUUGUUAACCAGAUUACAAAAUGUUAAUUUAGCCUUUCAUUUCGAGGUUGAGCAGCAAGUUAAUGGGGUUUUCCUAAAUUUCUUUGGAUUUAACGGUACCGCUGGUGUAUGGAGGAUCAAGGCUUUGGAGGAAUCUGGUGGUUGGCUAGAGAGGACUACAGUUGAAGAUAUGGACAUUGCUGUACGUGCUCAUCUCCAUGGCUGGAAAUUCAUCUUCCUCAAUGAUGUUGAGUGCCAAUGUGAAUUGCCCGAAUCAUAUGAAGCUUAUAGGAAGCAACAACACCGAUGGCAUUCUGGUCCUAUGCAAUUGUUUAGACUUUGUUUCCCCGAAAUUAUCAGAUCCAAGAUAAGUCUAUGGAAAAAGGCGAAUUUGAUAUUUCUAUUCUUCCUCCUAAGAAAGCUGAUUUUACCCUUCUACUCGUUCACACUCUUUUGCAUAAUCCUCCCUAUGACAAUGUUCAUACCCGAAGCUGAGUUACCUGCUUGGGUUGUAUGUUACGUCCCAGCCAUGAUGUCUUUCCUCAACAUUCUCCCGGCCCCAAAAUCAUUCCCCUUCAUAGUCCCUUAUCUUCUCUUCGAGAACACAAUGUCAGUUACAAAAUUCAACGCCAUGAUCUCCGGUCUAUUCCAGCUCGGUAGCGCUUACGAAUGGGUGGUCACUAAGAAAUCUGGUCGUUCUUCCGAGGGAGAUUUGGUCUCUUUGGUUGAGAAAGAACAUAAACAGCAUCCAAGGGGGAGCUCAGAACCGGAUUUGGUUGAAAUGAAAGAGGAAAUCAAGUUACAGUUGGAGGAGAAAGCGAGAAAGAAGAAACAUAAUAGGAUUUACACCAAGGAAUUGGCUUUAGCGUUUCUUCUGUUGACGGCUUCGGCUAGGAGUUUGCUUUCGGCUCAGGGAAUUCAUUUCUAUUUCUUGCUGUUUCAGGGGAUGUCAUUUCUUUUGGUUGGGCUCGACUUGAUUGGGGAGCAGGUCGAAUAAAAAACAAGGGUUUUUACGAGGAAAAAUGUACAGGGUUUAGUAUUUUCAGGUGAUAUAAAGAAUUUUGGGGAUUAAUUGACGACUAUUGUAUGGUAUGGUAUGGUCGGGUCGGUUGAUGGCGCAUGCAGGCAAUGGCGGUUGCUGUGAGAUGUCGGACCACUACUACAUUUAGGGAUCGGGAGUAUUUGGACAUUAUUGUUGAAUUGAAUGUAUCAUCUUUGUCUUUUUGAUGAGAAUUCUUUGGUCUUUUGGUUUAUUCUUUUGUAAGGAGGAUUUGUUCCCACCAUAUCAUAUUUUUUUAGCUUAGAUUGGACAC